AUGGCGUCCCCCCUCGAUAUCGACGUGAACGACCUCGAAUAUGUCCACCUCGUGCCAUACAAUGGCUCUGGCCCGACGGGAGGCGACUCUCUCACGGAGGAUCUGAACAUUUGGUACGAGACGGGUGACAUCGCCUGGAUGAUUACAUCGACGGCUCUCGUGCUGCUCAUGAUUCCAGGUGUUGGUUUCUUCUACUCAGGGUUGGCCCGAAGGAAAUCCGCCCUGUCUUUGAUCUGGCUUUCCGUCAUGGCCACCGGUGUCACCAGCUUUCAGUGGUUCUUCUGGGGCUACUCUCUAACUUUCUCACACACAGCCGGUGCCUUCAUUGGCGACCUGGCAAAUUUCGGCUUCAGAAACGUCCUCGCCCGACCAUCCGUAGGCUCCAGCCGCAUUCCCGACCUUCUUUUCGCCGUCUACCAGGGCAUGUUCUCUUGCAUCACCGUUGCUCUUGCUACGGGUGCGGUUGCUGAGCGCGGUCGCAUGCUCCCCUGUGUCAUCUUCAUGUUUAUCUGGGCGACCGUUAUUUACGAUCCUAUCGCUUGUUGGACGUGGAACCCUAGUGGCUGGUCUAACAAGAUGGGUGGUCUCGACUUCGCGGGAGGAACACCCGUGCACAUCGCGUCCGGCACAGCCGCUCUAGCCUACUCCAUGAUGCUGGGCAAGCGUCGCGGUCACGGAACCCACGAGCUCAACUACCGCCCGCACAACGUCACCCACAUUGUUAUUGGCACGGUAUUUUUGUGGGUUGGAUGGUUCGGCUUCAACGCCGGAUCAGCUCUCUCUGCCAACUUGCGAGCCGUUCUUGCGGCUGUUGUCACGAACUUGGCUGCGUGUGUCGGCGGUAUCACCUGGUGCGUUUUGGACUACAGACUCGAACGCAAGUGGUCUACCGUUGGAUUCUGCUCUGGUGUGGUUGCCGGCUUGGUAUCCAUCACGCCUGGUUCUGGAUACGUCCCUGUUUGGGCUGCCGUUCCUUUCGGCGUUCUCGGCGCGGCCUUCGCCAACUAUGCUACCAAGCUCAAAUUCAUUCUGAGGAUCGACGACGCCCUCGACAUCUUCGCUGUUCACGGCAUCGGCGGUCUCGUUGGCAACGUUUGCACGGCCUUCUUCGCCGCCAACUACAUCGCCCAUCUGGAUGGCGAGUCUGUAAUUGACGGCGGUUGGAUCAACCACAACUGGAUUCAGCUUGGCUACCAGCUGGCCGAUUCCUUCACCGGAGGUGCCUAUUCCUUCGUCGGCACCUGCAUUAUCCUUUUCAUCAUGAACAUGAUUCCCGGCCUUCGACUACGUGCCUCUGAAGAGGCCGAGAUUCUGGGCAUCGACGAUGCCGAAAUUGGCGAGUUUGCCUACGACUACGUUGAGCUCACCAGAGAGGUGCUCAACGAUAUGGAUAACGAGGCUGCCAGUCGCUACUCGAACGACAUGGUCUCUUUCCAGCCAAUGGAGAAGAACAGCAUCCCAUUGAUGGAUGCCCGCAACUUCGCAGGAUCAUCACAAUUCCCACCACAGUUCGGACAUGCCCAGUGA